AUCCAAGUGGAGGAGAAAGAAGAUGAUACUGAGGAAAGUUCAAGCGAAGAGGAAGAGGAGGAACACAAACUACCCCGAAGAGAGAGCAUGAGGCCAAAGAGGAAACGGACCAGAGAUGUUAUCAAUGAAGAUGAUCCAGAGCCUGAACCAGAGGAUGAAGAAACAAGGAAGGCCAGAGAGAAAGAGAGAAGGAGGAGAUUAAAGAGAGGAGCGGAAGAAGAAGAAGAAAUAGAUGCAGAGGAAUUGGAAAGAUUGAAGGCAGAGUUAGAUGAGAAAAGACAAACGAUCGCUACUGUCAAAUGCAAGCCUUGGAAAAUGGAGAAGAAAAUUGAAGUUCUCAAGGAAGCAAAAAAAUUUGUGAGUGAAAAUGAAGGGGCUCUUGGGAAAGGAAAAGGGAAACGGUGGUUUGCAUUUAAGAUGAUGAUGGCCAAGAAAUGGGCGAAAUUUCUCCGAGAUUUUGAGAACUUCAAAGCUGCUUGUGUCCCAUGGGAAAAUAAAAUCAAGGCAAUUGAAAGUCAGUUUGGCUCAUCAGUGGCUUCAUACUUCCUCUUCUUGAGAUGGAUGUAUGGAGUAAACAUGGUUCUCUUUAUCCUGACGUUCAGCCUUAUCAUGUUGCCAGAGUACCUCUGGGGUUUGCCAUACGGCAGUUUACCUAGGAAAACGGUUCCCAGGGCUGAGGAGGCAUCAGCAGCCAACUUUGGUGUCCUGUAUGACUUCAAUGGCUUGGCUCAAUAUUCCGUCCUCUUUUAUGGCUAUUACGACAAUAAACGAACAAUUGGAUGGAUGAAUUUCAGACUGCCACUCUCCUAUUUUCUGGUGGGGAUCAUGUGCAUUGGAUACAGUUUUCUGGUUGUCCUUAAAGCGAUGACCAAAAAUAUUGGUGAUGAUGGAGGUGGUGAUGAUAACACUUUCAACUUUAGCUGGAAGGUGUUCACUAGCUGGGACUACCUUAUUGGCAACCCUGAAACAGCAGACAACAAAUUCAAUUCUAUCACAAUGAACUUUAAGGAAGCUAUAAUAGAAGAAAGAGCAGCCCAAGUAGAAGAAAACAUCCACUUGAUCAGAUUCCUGAGGUUUCUUGCUAACUUCUUCGUGUUUCUAACACUUGGCGGGAGUGGAUACCUCAUCUUUUGGGCUGUGAAGCGAUCCCAGGAAUUUGCGCAGCAAGAUCCUGACACCCUUGGGUGGUGGGAAAAAAAUGAAAUGAACAUGGUCAUGUCCCUCCUGGGGAUGUUCUGUCCAACACUAUUUGACUUAUUUGCUGAAUUGGAAGACUACCAUCCCCUCAUUGCUCUGAAAUGGCUACUGGGACGCAUUUUUGCUCUUCUUUUAGGCAACCUGUAUGUAUUUAUUCUUGCCCUGAUGGAUGAGAUUAACAACAAGAUUGAAGAGGAGAAGCUGGUAAAGGCCAAUAUUACCCUAUGGGAAGCCAACAUGAUCAAGGCCUACAAUGCUUCCCUUGCUGGAAAUACCACUGGGCCACCCUUUUUUGUGCACCCUGCAGAUGUACCUCGAGGACCCUGCUGGGAAACAAUGGUGGGGCAGGAAUUUGUGCGACUGACUGUUUCUGAUGUUCUGACCACCUAUGUCACAAUUCUCAUUGGGGACUUUCUCCGAGCAUGUUUUGUGAGGUUUUGCAACUACUGCUGGUGCUGGGAUUUGGAAUAUGGAUAUCCUUCAUACACUGAGUUUGACAUCAGCGGCAACGUCCUUGCUCUGAUCUUCAAUCAAGGAAUGAUCUGGAUGGGGUCCUUCUUCGCUCCCAGCCUCCCAGGCAUCAAUAUCCUUCGGCUCCAUACAUCCAUGUACUUCCAGUGCUGGGCUGUGAUGUGUUGCAAUGUUCCUGAGGCCAGGGUCUUCAAAGCUUCCAGAUCGAAUAACUUCUACCUGGGAAUGCUCUUGCUCAUCCUCUUCCUGUCCACCAUGCCCGUCCUGUACAUGAUCGUGUCCCUCCCACCAUCUUUUGAUUGUGGCCCCUUCAGUGGCAAAAAUAGGAUGUUUGAAGUCAUUGGAGAAACGCUGGAGCAUGAUUUUCCAAGCUGGAUGGCAAAGAUCUUGAGACAGCUUUCUAAUCCUGGACUGGUUAUUGCUGUAGUUUUGGUCAUGGCUUUGACCAUCUAUUAUCUCAAUGCUACUGCAAAGGGCCAGAAGGCAGCAAAUUUGGAUCUAAAAAAGAAGAUGAAACAGCAAGCUUUGGAGAACAAAAUGCGAAACAAGAAAAUGGCAGCUGCGCGAGCAGGUUUGAGCUCCGCUAUGUUUGCAUUCUUUUUCCCCUACGAACAGUAUACUCUUCCUUUUUUUUUCCCUCUCAAAAUGGGGCAUUUGGUGCAGAGAGGCAUUAUUGCCACAGCAAGUCAUCUUAUACUCUCUAGAGUCCACCUUUUCAGCCCUUUCAGGCUUCAUAUCCAGGGUUCAGUUAUUUUCCAGUGGGAGAAAGAAAAGACAAAGAAAAAUUCAGGAACAUAA